AUGGGAAACCAUACGACAGUGACAGUGUUCAUCUUAGCAGGCUUGACUGAUGACCCGGAAUUAAAAGUGGUGUUAUUUGUCUUCUUGCUUCUCACCUAUUUGCUAAGCAUCACAGGUAAUCUGAUAAUCAUCACACUCACACUGGUAGAUACUCACCUUAAGACUCCCAUGUACUUUUUCCUUCGGAAUUUUUCUUUUUUAGAAAUUUCUUAUACCACUACGUGCAUCCCUAAAUUGCUAAUUAUUAUGGCAACGGGGGACAAAACUAUUUCCUACACCUGUUGUGUUACUCAAGUGUUUUUUGCCUUCCUGCUUGGAGCAUCAGAGUUUUACUUGCUGGCAGCCAUGUCCUAUGACCGCUACGUUGCCAUCUGUAAGCCCCUGCAUUAUACAACCAUCAUGAGCACCAAGAUCUGCCUACAGCUUGUCCUCAGUUGUUGGCUUGCUGGCUUUUUCGUCAUCUUUCCACCACUGCUCUUAGGCUUAAAUCUUGAAUUCUGUGCCUCCAACAUUGUGGAUCAUUUCUACUGUGACACCACUCCCCUCCUGCAGAUCUCCUGCACAGACACUCACCUGCUGGAGAUGAUGGGGUUUGUCUCAGCUUUGGUGACUCUCUUGGUCACACUGGUAAUGGUGGUAAUAUCCUACGCGUGUAUUGCCCUAACAAUUCUAAAAAUCCCUUCAGCGGGUCAGCGGAAAAAGGCUUUUUCCACGUGUUCUUCUCACAUGAUCGUGAUAUCCCUCUCCUAUGGCAGCUGCAUCUUCAUAUAUGUGAAACCAUCAGUCAAACAAAGAAUAUCUUUUUCCAAAGGAAUUUCAGUCCUCAAUACCUCAGUUGCUCCACUUUUGAACCCUUUCAUCUAUACCUUGCGAAAUCAACAAGUGAAAAAAGCCUUUCUUAAUAUGAUACACAGGAUGGUCAGUUUCUCAAGUAAAUGA